UUUCAACAGGUGGGCCCAUUACCUCUUCUUCCCUCCCCCUCUGUGGUCAAGAAGCAGCGGAGGAAAACCUGUUUAGUCAAAUAAGCAGAAGCGAGAACCAAGUCCACCUACUAAGCCAUUGACUUUUACCUGCAAAUGAUACAGAAUAUAGUGUAUGGACCCGUCAAACAGGAAAAUGUCCAGCUUCUACAGGGGGGAAAAACAUUAAUUCUGGUUUAUGUGAUGCAAUUUACUUUUUUAAGGAGCAGCGUUUACGGUUCAUUGGCGAUGACAUCACGGUCUGCUUAUCGUGUGGAGACCAAGCAGUCACAGACCAGGACAAGCAGGGACAGGCUCCCGCCUCGUGAUUGUGUCGCCGGCACUCAGGCGAGCAGGCUGACAGCUACGUCAUUUCAACCACCGCACCGCGCCGUUCACAGGGUCGCUGCUGGCGGGGCGGACGACGCGUGGCGGUGUCGUCGUCGUGGUCGUGUGAGUCUCUGGUUACGCAUACACAGCUGUGGCGGGCCAGCCCCUGUUUCCACACCACCCCCGUUAAACGACUGACAGCACAUUGGUGGUCAUGGUCUGUUCCUACCUACACCAGACCAUGUCACAGACUUGUCCUGCAGCGUUGUCUAGGUGAUUAAAACGUUCAGAAACAGGUUUUCAAGGAAUAUGUGAUGUCACUGACUGUGAUGUUACUGCUAAUGUGAUGGAAACUGAUCCGCCUGAAGGAUCGUAUCGAUAAAAAUCGUUUGGAUUAAAGCAUUCCUCUUGCUAAAGCUGUUCCCUGGCUAAACCUAACAGAGAAGAUUGAACAUGGAGGCUGUCAGUAUUUACACAGUAUUCGUCAUCGCCGGCAUUUUGAGCGCCGUAAACUGUCAGACCCCUUCCCUGAAUGCGUGGACUGUACUUCGUGGAGAACCAGAACCGCACCAUGCUGUGCUACGUGUCCAGUACGGAGGACCUCAGUCCAUCCCCACUCACCUGGGAGAAAGAUGGACAGUUGCUGACAGGCAGGGGGGAGUCCAAGACUUCCCCUUCCCCGGGUUUCUACACAUACAGCAGUUAUCUGGACUUACCUGUGCAAGCGAGCGACAACGGGAAGAGCAUCACCUGUAAAUACAAAAACCAAAGCCCUGGAAGCUCGUGGAUUAUUUAUGUGAAGAAACCUCCCGACUACCCGACAUUGACGGGGGAGGUGAACGUCACCUGGGGACAAACCUACAACUGGACGUGCACUGUAGGUGGCGCCACUAGCCUGUCAGAGAGUGACGUCAGCUUGACCUUUAGCAACGCCUCGGCAAUUUCCUCCAGCAUCAGCAGCAAGUCGUCCAGCUCCAUGGGCGCCUACAACAUCACCACGUACACGGUGACAAAAGUACUGACUCUGACUAUUCCCAGGAACAGUUCGGACUUCACGGUGUCCUGCACCGUGGGCCACGAGCUUCUGACUUCGUCACGAGCAUCCAUUCUCAGUCUCACGGUUCUGUACCCUCCGGUGGUGACAGUCAACACUAUCAGCUACACGGCGGCCGUUCACAACACCACCACCUUCUCCUGUCUUGUGACGGCGAACCCAUCCGUGACGUCAGUCACGUGGUACAAAGAUGGCAGCCUGCUAAACCGAACUUCCGGUCGCUUCCAGAACGGCGACAGGGUGCAACCGUCGCUAACGGUGACGAACGUUCAGAGAGAAGAUGGCGGCCAGUACACGUGCGGGGCUCCAGCAGCAUGGGGUCCACCAACGGGUCGGCCAUUUUGCUGACUGUCGUGUAUCCGCCGGAAGUGACGUAUUCAAAGAAGGUGUUUGGAGGAAACGUGGGCACAUCGUUGACCGUCACGUGCACGUUAGACGCUAAGCCUGCUGUAAGCAGCGUCUCCUGGUGGCGCAUCAACAGCACUGACGGGAGUAAGAGUCUCAUUAGCCUAACCGCCAUCGCCGGGAGGUACUCGGGAGGCACCACCACAACUCCGUCCCUCACCAUCAACAACCUGACGGCGGCAGACGCCGGCUUCUACCGCUGCGGAGCCGACAACGACGUGGGUAGCGGAGAGGGGGACAACGUGGAGGUACAAGUGUUCUAUGCUCCAGCCGUUACAGUUUCUGCUACGUCUUACGUCAGAAACGAGACCGACACACUCGUCAUCACGUGCUCCUAUGACGCCAACCCAGCACCGUUCAACGUGACGUGGACGAAGAACUCACAAAGUGUUGACGUAGCAGGCAGUGGCGGCAAGUACAGUGGCGCCACUGUCGCUACUCCCAGCCUGACCGUCACGCGACUGGCUCGCUCUGAUGCCGGCGUCUACGUGUGCAGCGUCACCAACACCCUCGGUACAGGUCACAGCCGUGACGUCACUGUGCAGGUCAACUACUUACCCAUAGUCAGCACACCUGUCACCUACUACAACGGGUCUCGCGGUGGCUCAGUGACAAUGAAAUGCGAAGUGACAGCUAGCCCCGCCCCCACAGGCAUCAGCUGGUACAAGGACGGGUCACUGUUGGUCACUUCCGGGUCAGGGGUCAAGUACAGCGGGGGAACGACGUCGACUCCAGACCUGACCAUCAACAGCCUCGCUGGCAACGACACCGGCAAAUACAUCUGCAAAGCCGCCAACAACCUGGGGUCGACAGAAAGCAGUAACAUCACCCUUGAGGUCACAUAUGCUCCAAUCGUCAAGCUCUCUGCUACAUCUUACACAAAAAACGAGACUGAAACACUUGUGAUCACGUGCUCCUAUGACGCCAACCCCGCACCGUUCAACGUGACGUGGACGAGAAACUCCCAAAGUGUUGACGUAGCAGGCAGUGGCGGCAAGUACGGUGGCGCCACUGUCGCUAUUCCCAGCCUGACCGUCACGCGAUUGGCUCGCUCGGAUGCCGGCGUCUACGUGUGCAGCGUCACCAACAUCCUCGGCACAGGUCACAGCCCUGACGUCACUGUGCAGGUCAACUACUCUCCUGUCGUCAACACACCUGUCACCUACUACAACGGGUCUCGCGGUGGCUCAGUGACAAUGAAAUGCGAAGUGACAGCAAACCCCGCCCCCACAGGCAUCAGCUGGUACAAGGACGGGUCACUGUUGGUCACUUCCGGGUCAGGGGCCAAGUACAGCGGGGGGACGACGUCGACUCCAGACCUGACCAUCAACAGCCUCGCUGGCAACGACACCGGCAAAUACAUCUGCAAAGCCGUCAACAGCCUGGGGUCGACAGAAAGCAGUAACAUCACCCUUGAGGUCAUAUAUGCUCCAAUCGUCACGCUCUCUGCUACAUCUUACACAAAAAACGAGACUGAAACACUGGUGAUCACGUGCUCCUAUGAGGCAAAUCCUGCUGCGUUCAACGUGACGUGGACGAGAAACUCCCAAAGUGUUGACGUAGCAGGCAGUAGUGGCAAGUACGGUGGCGCCACUGUCGCUACUCCCAGCCUGACCGUCACGCGACUGGCUCGCUCGGAUGCCGGCGUCUACGUGUGCAGCGUCACCAACACCCUCGGCACAGGUCACAGCCCUGACGUCACUGUGCAGGUCAACUACUCUCCUGUCGUCAACACACCUGUCGCCUACUACAACGGGUCUCGCGGUGGCUCAGUGACAAUGAAAUGCGAAGUGACAGCUAACCCCGCCCCCACAGGCAUCAGCUGGUACAAGGACGGGUCACCGUUGGUCACUUCCGGGUCAGGGGGCAAGUACAGCGGGGGUACGACGUCGACUCCAGACCUGACUGUCAACACACUCAGCGGCAAUGACACUGGAUCGUACUUGUGCACCGCCAUUAACAGCCUGGGGUCAGCAAACGGAACCGACAUUCGCCUGGAGGUCACGUAUGCCCCGUUGAUCACGUCCAGCUCAGCGCCGCUCACGGGGACCGAGUUGUCGCCCCUCACACUGCCGUGUACGUACGAUGCCAACCCGUCCCCCACCCGAGUUCUCUGGACUAAGAAUUCUGUCAACAUCACUCUUCCUUCUUCUCCUUACACCGGAGGUACACCCGGCACCCCGUCCCUGACUAUUGUGAGCCUGACACUUGAAGAUACCGGAAGUUACGCAUGCACUGUUGUCAACAGUCUUGGCAAUACCAGCAGUGGCGCCAUCUUGGUGACAGUUCAGUACGCUCCUAAAGUAGACAGUGGCCCCGGGGGCCUGAGGACGACACCGACUGGGCAGAACGUCACCAUCCCAUGCAACGUCAGCGCCGUACCUACCGUGACGUCAGUGACGUGGUUACGUGAUGGCGCUGUGCUUUCUGUCAACAACGGAGCGAAAUACAGCGGAGGCACAGUCAGCACUCCGGCACUGACCAUCAGAAACGUCGUCAGGUCUGACGCCGCCACGUACACGUGUCGCGUCACCAAUGCUGUGGGCACCAGGGAGGGCACGAACGUCACUCUUGUUGUGCAGUAUGCUCCAUUGAUAACGUCCACCUCAGCGCCGCUCACGGGGAUCGAACUGUCGCCCCUCACACUGCCGUGUACGUACGACGCCAACCCAUCACCCAGCUACACUCUGUGGACGAAGAACUCCAGCAACAUCACUCUUCCUUCUUCUCUUUACACCGGAGGUACACCCAGUACUCCAGCCCUGACCAUCGUGAGCCUGACACCUGAAGAUACCGGAAGUUACGCAUGUGCUGUUGUGAACAGCAUUGGCAUCGGCAGCUCUGGCGCCAUCUUGGUGACAGUUCAAUUCGCGCCUCGGGUGGACAGUGGCUCCGAUGGGCAGAAGACGACCCAAGCUGGACAGAACGUCACCAUCCCCUGCAACGUCAGCGCCGUACCUGCCGUUACGUCGGUCACGUGGUUACGUGAUGGCGCCGUGCUUCCUGUCAACGACAGAGCGAAAUACAGCGGGGGCACAGUCAGCACUCCGGCGCUAACCGUCAGAGAUGUCGUCAGGUCUGACGCCGCCACGUAUACGUGUCGCGUCACCAAUGCUGUGGGCACCAGGGAGGGCACGAACGUCACUCUUGUCGUGCAGUACAAGCCAGUCGUCAAAGUCCCGGAGUUCAUCUCUGGCAAUGAGUCGCAAGUAGUUACCAUCUCGUGUGAUGUCACUGCGCUUCCGGAAGUGAUGUCAUUGGGCUGGAAGAAGGAUGGCCAGCUGCUCAACACGACCAGCAGUGAUCGCUACUCUGGGGGCAACGUCACCUCGCCUAGUCUCACCCUCAACAGCCUCGGCGCUGAGGAUGUCGGGAACUACUCCUGUGUGGCCGACAACAGCGUGGGCAGCACGGAGAGCGCCAGCGUCCUCCUGUCCGUCCAUUAUUCUCCCAUCUUCACGGUUCCACUCACAGAAGUCGGUGGGGUCGAGGGUCAAGCCGUCACCUUGUCUGUCAGCAUCAAGGCCAAUCCGGAAGUGACGACACUUCGCUGGUACAGGUUUGACGCAGCUUCCUCCGUGUGGAGCCAGAUCGACGUGGUCAGCACCAGCAAGUACAGCGGCGGCACCACGAGCAGGCCCAGCCUCACCAUCUCGACUCUUGACAGCGGGGACUGGGGCGACUACCAGGCGGAGGCCAGCAACGUCAUCAACACUCGGCGAUCGCUGACGAUCAGAGUCGCCGUCUCGUACAAACCCACGAGUCCCAACAUCACGGGCAACGCCAGCAGCUACAAGGAGGGAGAAGCCAUCGUCCUGACUUGCAUGGCCAAUGGCUUCCCCACCCCUCGCUACGACUGGUACCGCGACAGCAUCGUCUACCAGCAGAACGACAGCGUUCUCAACAUCAGCAGCGCCAGCCCCGCCGACAACACGAAGUUCAAGUGUCGGGCAGUCAACUCUCUGGGCUACAGCGAGACCUCCAUCAGCAUCGUCGUGGAGUACAAGCCACGCCCCUCGUCAACCCUCACCAACACGACGGCCGACAUCGGGCAGUCGGUGACCCUGUCCUGCGACGUGGACUCGAACCCCGCGCCCACCAACUACACCUGGUUCUUCAACGGAUCCGUCGUGAGCACGGGGAGCAAGACCUUGGAGGUAACUGUGGAGACCUCCAGCCUGGGCAUCUACACAUGCAUCGCCUCUAACAGACAAGGGGAUUCGAACCCUGUGGACAUCGUGGUCACCCAGAACACGGCCACUGACAGUCCCAAAACCGGAGAAUCGACGGAAGCUGGCGGUUUGUCGGUGGCCACCAUGGUGCUCAUUAUCAUCAUUUGUGUUAUCGUUGCCUUGGUCGUUGUUCUCGCCAUUGUAUACUUCUGUAGUGGCAGCAGAUGCACCCGGAAGAAGAACGAGGUACGGCAGGCCCCAGCUGAUGCACCCGUCACAUUCCCAGAGGUGAAACCGGGAAAGAACAGACUUCCGCCGCUGCGUUCCGCGCCGCCUCCGAGUACCGCGCCGCCCCCGACUGCCGCGUCACCUACACGUGGAAAAGUGAGCGUGGACGAUGAGCACCCGGCACUAAGCAAUGCACCCAAAGAGGAUUCUAGAUUGGGCAACGGAGUGAUAAUCUCCAUGCCAGGUGGCGUGGGUGGCGCACCCAGACCUUACCGCUUGCGCCCACUGAACACCGCGGGGGUCGGGGCUGGGGAGGUGGAGCCCGCCACCGACAGAGUCGACGAGCCGACAAGAAAGACGACCAAGAAGAAGAGGAAGCGCAAGCUACAGCUAGCAGAAGAAGACCCUACCUCCGAGGCUGUCAGUCACCAGUCACUUGACCGUCUGCUUCAAAACGAAGACGAUUCAGUGGAUGUUUAGUGUGGUCAAUGGAAGCCCUGUCCUGAAACAUUUGACAGGAGGACGCCAUCGAGUCUUUACGGCCUUAACUGAAAGCUCGGCCUGUCUUUUUGUAUUUUGUAUUUUUAUUUAAAAUAAAAAAUCCUCAGUUCUCUACGAUUUUAUUUUCAUCAAAGACUUCUCUAUCCCUUCCGCCCAGCGGGAAUGUAUCAGAACUCAACCUGUUCCUGUGACUCAGGAGAGGGACACGACAAGGCCGGGUGUUUGAACCUCAUGGUCAAAUGUUUUACACCAUAGCCAUGCAUCUUGCAACUUAUUCGCUUGUUUUCCAGAAGAUCACAUGACUGCUAUGUUUGUGUCAGGACUUGCAAUGAUGUGGAUUACAAACUCACGAAGAAUUGGCGAUUGUUGGUGACCUGCAGGUCGUCUGUGACCGCGAGCUUGUGAAACACUUUGUGCGCUCAGUGUAGGGUAACAAAGUUUCUGUAUACUCUCUUUUUAAUGAUAAUUUUCUGUGCCAAGCUUAUUAGCUAUCCGUGACGGUUACAAUAAGUGAUAUUAACUCUGCAAAACUUUCCGAGAAGAUCACAGGUUUAGCCUGCAACCUCCAUGAAACAUUCUGUUGGAAUGAAGAUCCUCUGUGUCUGUGUGCUUUUGCUGAGUACAAGAGCACAGGACGGAAACUAUAUGAGGAGUACUCAUGCAGAAAAUCCCAUCUCUGAGUGACACAUUCGCACCACAAGAGUCAAUCUUUUGUAGUUAACGCACAGGAUUUUUUUUUUUUUAGUAUGGAAACAUAGGAUCCAAAAUAAUUUGUUGAGCACUACAGAUGUAGAGAUGUAUUCGGCCUCCACUUUUGUAGUGUCGGAACACAAGUUUAUACACACUCCUACUUUAUACUAUAAACUGGAGUAUGAGUCUUGCUGCAAAGUUUUGUAGUCGUUGGUUUACCAGAGUCAGAAUAUAGGAAUUACUCCCCAUCAAAAAAACACAAACAAACAAACAAACAAACAAACAAACAAACAAACAAACAAACAAACAAAAAAACAAAACAAAGCGACUAAUUCUUUUGUUUCAGUUCACGACCGUUAAUGUCGGUUUCUGCCAGUGUACCAAAAACUUUGCAGGACAAAGAAAGGGUUUGUGUUAGUUGUACUCAUGUACUUUGUUUGAAGUUCCUAAAUAAGAAUGAAAGAAAAAAUACGGCGUGAGGCUGUUAUACUACUUGUGUAUAUGAAAUCUUAUAUUUGCUUAUAGCCUCUCUUCCGAUCACGACUGUCAGUGCCUUUUGUGUGUGUGUAUACAGCUGCUGUUAUGAGUACGAUAUACACAAACAGUCAGUAAGUGUGUUUGACAUUUGACAGUGUGUGUGUGACAGUGUACGCCUGUAUACAUAGUACUUACUAGUAUAUCUUAUUAAAACAUUGCUGUACGAUUAAUGCAUACCAGGACGAUGUGGUUCGAGUGUACACGUGUGCAAGCUGUUUGCUAAAACUGUUUUAUGAUGAUAGACUUUGUUAUCUCGAGAAGAGAAUAUUUACUUCGAUAUUUCACUUUCUUACUGUGAUAAUCUCAAUGACACUUUUUUAAAUUCAGUCUUUAUGCUGCUAUUAAUAAAUUGUGCUCCAA